AUGAUGGUUCUGCCAGUUUCUGGGGCCCCCUGGACAGUGACUCUGACGGCGUUACUGAUGGUGCUGCUCACAUCUGUGGUCCAGGGCAGGGCCACUCCAGAGAUUUACGUAUACCAGAGACGGUAUGAAUGCUAUGCGUUUAACGGGACACAGCGCCUCCUGGACAGAUCCAUCUACAACCAGGAGGAGUUCGUGCACUUCGACAGCGACCUGGGGGAGUUCCGGGCAGUGACAGAGCUGGGACGGCCUACUGCUGAGCGCUGGAACAGACAGAAGGACAUCCUGGAGCGGGAGCGGGCUGAGGUGGACAGUGUGUGCAGAUACAACUACGAGCUGGAGGAGCCACUCAUCCGGAAGCGCCGAGUCCAGCCGAGGGUGAACGUCUCCCCCUCCAAGAAGGGGCCCUUACAGCACCACAACCUGCUCGUCUGCCAUGUGACAGAUUUCUACCCAGGCAGCAUUCAAGUCCGGUGGUUCCUGAAUGGACAGGAGGAAACAGCUGGGGUCGUGUCCACCAACCUCAUCCGUAAUGGAGACUGGACCUUCCAGAUCCUGGUGAUGCUGGAAAUGACCCCCCAGCAGGGAGAUGUCUACACCUGCCAAGUGGAGCACCCCAGCCUGGACAGUCCUGUCACCGUGGAGUGGAAGGCACAGUCUGAUUCUGCCCGGAGUAAGAUGCUGACGGGAGCCGGGGGCUUCGUGCUGGGGCUCAUCACCUGCGGAGUGGGCAUCUUCAUGCACAGGAGGAGCAAGAAAGUUCAACGAGGAUCUGUAUAA